GCAGAACAGAAAAACGUUAAAACCCAUUUCAUUUCAUUUUUGUUAUCGUCAAGUUACUCAAAUGAUGCAAGCGCCACCACCUCUUAUCUAUUGUGUACAUAGCUUAAAUUGACCUAGUCACAAGUUGGUGUACGCUCGAUACGACGCGAGGCAAACUAGUUUGUGUAGCUUGAAAUAUGUCAGUUAAACCGACAGUGUUUUUCACUAGAUCAGCUCCACCGAAUGGUGUCGCACUUCUUGCACAAGAAUGUGAGCUACAAAUAUGGGAGAGUGAGGAUCCCAUACCCAGAGAAGAACUGUUACGCAGAGUAAAGGGAAUCCACGCUCUAUUUGUUCAUCCACCUAUACGCGUGGACUCGGAGCUGUUCGAUGCAGCGGGUCCACAGUUAAAAGUUGUUGGUACCAUGUCUGUUGGUUUAGAUCAUGUAGAUCUAGCAGAAUGUAAGAAGAGAAACAUCCCCGUGGGUAAUACCCCUGGUGUUUUAACUUCAGCUGUAGCAGAAUUAACUGUUACCUUGCUGUUAGCCACAGCUAGAAGGAUGAAACAAGCAUUCCAAGCAGUCCACAAUGGUAGUUGGGGCACAUGGGAAAGUGGAAUGUGGAUGACGGGAACUUUGCUUGAAGGCAAAACACUCGGUGUUGUUGGAUUGGGGCGUAUUGGUAUGGCGGCAACACGUAGGCUGAAGCCGUUUGGUUUCUCUAAGAUAUUAUACUGUGGACGAAGUAAGAAAAGUUACGAUGCUGAAGUCGGGGCAGAAUUCGUGGACUUUCUUCAGUUGUUAAAAGAAUCGGAUAUAGUUAUUGCAACGUGUUCAAUAACGGACGAAAAUAAAGGACUAUUUAAUAAGCGUGCCUUUAAAGCCAUGAAAAACACAUCCAUUUUUAUAAACGUCACCAGAGGCGCGUUGGUUAAUCAGGAUGAUUUAUUUGAAGCCCUGACAACGGGAGAGAUAGGUUCGGCGGGGAUUGACGUCACAACACCCGAGCCCCUAGCAACGGACGACAAGCUACUGAGCUUAUCGAACCUUACCGUAUCGCCACAUAUAGGUAGCGCCACUGUCGAGUCCAGGUCGGCCAUGUGUGAAGUAACGGCUAGAAAUAUAUUAGCUGGAUUAAAAGGGGAACCAUUGCCGUCUCCAGUUCUAAUCUAAAUCAGUAUAAUUUGUAAUGUAUAUUUAGUGUGAAUUUGCAUAUUGUUUAAUAAGCCUAUCAAAAUAAUAUAUAUAUAUU